GCGGCCGCCCCCCCGCGGAGCCGGAACAUGGCGGUGGCCGUGGCGGCCGAGGGGGCCGAGGGGGCCGAGCUGUGCCAGGCCCUGUCGCGGUCCCUCAGUCUCCUGCAGCAGCCCGACUGCGGGCGGGCGGCGCGGCUGCGGGCGCUGGAGGCCAUCGGCGCCGAGCUGCGGGGCCGGGCGGUGCCCGGCGCGGUGCUGCAGGAGGUGUUCGCGGCGCGGCUGCUGCGGCCGCUGUCCCGGUGCCUGGCGGGGGACGCGGCCGAGCGGUGCCGGGAGCUCGCCCUGCAGCUGCUCCAGGACGGGCUCAGCCGCGGCGAGCGGCCCUGCGAGGCGCUGCCCGUGCUGCUGCCGGCGCUGGCGCAGCGGCUGUGCCCGCCGCCGUCCGCCGAGCCCAGCGAGGAGCUGCGGCUCGGCCUCGUCCAGCUUCUGCACCUCCUCCUUCGGCGCUGCGGCCCCGCCGCGGCCCCCUACCUCGGGGACAUCGUCCGCGUCCUCCAGGCCACCCUCCUCGACCACUAUGCCGAGGUCAGGCGGGAGAGCUGCAGGUGUGCGGUGGCCUGUGCCCAGGCCAUGCCAGAGCACUUCCACAUGCAGUCAGAAUCUCUGAUAAAACCUUUAAUGCAGACGAUUUCACACCAGCACUACAGAGUUCGUGUUGAUGUGAUUCAGGCUACUGGAGCAGUGAUACAGUUCGGGAAUGGAAAGUCUGUGGAUGAUGUUCUGUCUCAUCUGGCCCAGAGAUUGUUUGAUGAGAUUCCCAAGGUACGGCACGCUGUAACAACUGUCAUUGGAGAAUGGUUGUUGCACCUACGAGAUAGAUAUUCAUAUUUUCACAAGCUUAUCCCUUUGUUACUUGGCAGCUUUAGUGAUGAAAUUCCUGAAAAUGAGAAACUGGCUUGGACUUACUGGGAAAAGGUAGGCUUGCAGUGGGAGAAGGAGAAUGAAGAAGAUUUGAAGGAUAAGAUGGAUUUUAGUCUUUCACCAUCUCAUUAUCCCAAAGGAGUAACUCGACCAGGACUAGGUUGUCGGGAACUUGUGUCAAGAAACCUCUCCAAAAUCCUUCCAGGUCUCUGUCAUGAUAUGACAGACUGGGUUGUGAGCACAAGAGUAAAAGCAUCCCAGCUCCUGUACACAUUACUGCUGCAUGCAGAGGAUCACAUCACACAGCACAUGGAGCUGCUGCUUAGAACUCUGUACCAGUCGUGCUUGGAUGAAGAGAGUGAAGUGGUUAAAAAUAGUGUGAAAGCAGCAGAACUGAUUGGAACGUUUGUCAGCCCUAAGGUGUCUUUGAGGUUAAUCACCUCGGCCUUUGAGCAGACACCCAAACCCUCCUGUGUGAUGGUUCUGGCUGCAGUGAUUCGAGGGAGCCCAAAAGAAAUCUUGCAGCCUCACGUGGCCCAGCUUGGCAACACAUUGUCGCAACCUGGAGUUUGUCAGCGAUCUGAAGAGGCCUUUUACGUGGAGCAGUUGCUUUGUUGCGUGCAAGCACUGAUUGAAGUGUGCCAGGAAGACUGCAAAGAAAUUAGCUUGCAGCUAAUGAAAGUUUUGGUGACCAUAAUGGCAAUACCAUCCUCUCAGGACCUCAAAGAAAAGGUGGAGAAAACAAUGUCUUCAUUAGCAGAAGUGCAGCAACUGGAUAGUUUUCAUUGUCUCUACAAGCAGCACAUAAUUCAGCUCAUAGAGUGGGUUUCAGUGUCGUGUGAUGGGUGGAGCUGCUACUCUCCAGAAGUGUUACAGUUAGAGGUCAUCGCAACCCAUUCAGGUCCUGCCAUAGGUGAAGCUCUCGAUGACUUCAUUCCCAUUCUGAAGACGUGUCUUCAGCCAAACAAGGACCCCCAGAUGCGGUUAAAACUUUUUACUGUUUUAUCACAGUUGUUCCAGAAAGCAAGUGAAACCAUCAAUUCUCAGGGGCUGUUCCCUAGCUACCUUGAGACUGUGAUAAAAGACAUCCUGGCUCCUAAUCUGCAGUGGCAUGCUGGAAGAACAGCAGCUGCCAUCCGUGCUACAGCUGUAUUGUGCCUUUGGGCUCUCAUCCACUGUGAAAUGCUUUCACCAGAAGAGAUCUUAAAAGUCAAAGAUGAGCUAAUGCCCCAAAUCAUUGCUUCCAUGGAUGAAGACUCUAAAAUUACUCGACUGAUGGCUUGUCGUAUUGUUGAUGCUUUUUUAAAAGCCUGUGGGAGGCAGUUUGAUGAAGAUAAAUUUAAGAACACUUACACAGAGGUUUUAAAGCGUCUGGAUGAUGCUUCGUGCGAUGUACGACUGGCAGCUGCUCACACCUUGGCUAAUUGGUUUAAGUGCUUAAAGGACAGUGAUGUGAAAUCCGCAAUGGAAGGUCAUAUUGAGUUUCUGUACCAAGAACUGUUGAUACAUCUCGAUGACCCCGAUCAAAAUCUCCAAAACGCAGUCCUAGAAGUUUUAAAGGAAGGAAGCGUUUUAUAUCCAGAUCUGCUUGUGAGAGAAAUCGAAGGGGUUGUACAUAAGCAUCAAACGCCGCUCUACUGUAAUCAACUACUACAUCACAUUCAGUCAGCCAAGGAAUCAGCUUUAUGAAUCACUGCUGAGAUUCUUUUUACUGAACUGAUCUGAAAUCUCUAUGACCCUCAUUACUUUCAUAUUUUCUUUUGCUUGAGAAAGGCUGAGCUGAAAAUAGAUUGUUUUUUUCUUUAUAAGUUCACUGUUGGCUCAUUAAAAAGUCAAGUUGGCACAAUUCUGUGUUCUUUGCGGUUUGAACAGUUCUUUGUAUUUGUUAGCAAUAAAACAAUGUUUUAAUUCACUUUGCAUUGGAAGUUUUUCAGAUACAAGGUUUAAAGGAGGAAUGCUUUUCCAAGAAUUUAACACUAUUUAUAAUUGAGGAAGAUUAUUUAACAAAGUAAUAAUUUAAUGUCAAAGUUAUUAACGUAAUAAAGCAAGGACUCAGUCUUUCAAGGAGGAUUUCAAAUUCUGGAUAAAAUCAGACUUUGCAGAGUCAGGUCUGUGAGGAACAGUUUUAUAAGGAAAAAAAAAAGCAGCCAAACUUCUCUUGCAUAAUGCAGCAAAAUUUAUAAUAUUCUGAGUACUCUUAUUUAAUAAUAGGGACAUAGUAGGUGUCACUAAAAGAAUAGUUUUUAUUGUUAUUGUAUUACAUUUCAUGACUGAGAGUAAAGGUGAAUUUUUUAAAUUAAGGUUUAUACAUGGGAAGAAAUGUGCUGUUUUGUUAUUUAGAUUACAUGUUUAGUUUAUAGAUUUAUAUUUUUGUACUAAAUAUAUCACAUUUGCAGUUUUAAUGUUUAUACCAUUGUGCCUUGGAAAGCAAGCAACAUUUGUUUUCAUGUUGCCUUGUAAUUAAAUUCUGCAGCUUUAGGUUAAAGCUUGAUUUGUUGGGGGGGGGGGUUUAAUACCUUUGUAGUGUAUAAGUUUGAGUGGUCUUAUAUUCUCAGCUGUGUAAUAAAAUAAGUGAGCUCCUAA